UUUCACAAAACAAACUAAAACAGAGGUUGAUGAAGAGAGGACGGAAAGAGAAGAGUCAUGAUACCUCAACAUCGUCGACACGACUUCGUCAGGGUGGAGAUAUCAACCUCCCUCUGGAUCUAAUGGUGGAGAUACUAAAAAAAUUACCGGCGAAGUCUCUAUUACGGUUCCGAUGCGUGUCGAAGUUAUGGUCAUCAAUUAUCAGCAGUAGUAGAGACUUCAUAGACUCAAUGGUGACUCGGUCUUUGACUGAACCUCAACGUGAUGCACACAUCAUCGACGACUACGCUGCAGGCUACUACAAGGAAUGUUUCUUAGCCUUUUCAUCUACUACUUUCCCUCGAAAUACUAAUAACGUAUCGGUACUAGUAAUCCCUGAAAGGAUGAAGCAGUAUAUUCGUGGCUUGAUUUUUUGUUGGUCAAAUUCUCGUAAUAAGGCAGCUAUAUAUAACCCUACCACAAGGCAGUGCUUUAACUUACCGGAUACAAAAAUCAAAGGCAUUGGAUCUUGCUUCUUCGGAUACGACCCCCUCAAGAAUCAAUACAAAGCAUUGUACAUACCAUUUAACGAUAUGGAGCAUGUUUGUCAAGUGUUUACACUAGGAGAUCCCACGGCUACGCAGUGGAGAUCAAUCCAAGGCGUUAGAUCGCACUUUCCAAUGGCGAGUGUUGUUUGCAUCAACGGAGUUAUCUAUUACCUAGCCAUUAAUGCAGAUGCUACUUCUGAAUAUAAGUUGAUGAGUUUUGAUGUUAGGUGGGAGAAAUUUUAUCAUGUCGAGGCUCCAAAAACAUUGAUGGAUCACCCCUCGAUUCUGAUAAACUACCAUGGGAAGUUAGGAUUCGUAUGCUGCGAGGAAGGCAUACAAAUUUGGGUGUUGGAGAAUGCUAACAAGGAAACCACACAAGGGUGGUCUAUGAUUUUCUUUCACGAGAUGGAGGGUUUUAAAAGAUGGCGCAUCUUGGGGGCUACUCGUCUUGGUGAGAUCGUUUUUGUCCAGCCAGGUUACCUCUCUAGUGACAUGUUAUGGGUCUUUUAUUAUGAUCCAAAGCAAAACAGUAUGAGAUAUGUUGACCUCAAAGGCACUUAUCCCGAGGAAAAAAGGGGUUACAUGUCUACUAUUAUCUGGAGUGCUUUGGAUUAUGUCGACAACACAAUGUGUUUGUAUCAGGCUAUUAGUUAAGAAAUUUUCAAUGUAGAGCUAUUAGUUAAGAAAUUUUCAGUUUAGAGCUUGUGGUUUUUCCUUAUUAUUAUGGGAUAAAGAUACAAUUUAUAACCUAUAAAGAAGAUUUUGUU